AUAGAGCCCAGUGUACAAGCUAAAGAUCACCAUAUCAUAUCAAGAAUAUCACAAGUCUAGCUAGCAAACAUGAACUGCAGCAUUCCUAAAGCCUGCCUUGUUCUUGCCUUUGUGUUUCUGGUAGCUACGCAAUUCUUGGUCGAGGAAGUUGGCGCGGCGGGAGAAUGUGGUAAGACCCCGAUCAGGACUGCGGCGACUAGCUUGAGCCCAUGCCUGAGUGCAGCCAGAAACGCGAGGGCUAAGGUUCCACCAGCUUGCUGCACCAAAGUUGGUGCCCUGAUUAAGACUGCCCCGAAAUGCCUUUGUGCUGUUUUGUUGUCACCUUUGGCAAAGCAAGCUGGUAUUAAUCCCGCAAUCGCCAUCGCUAUUCCAAAGAAAUGCAACAUCAGGAACCGACCUGCUGGAAAGAAGUGCGGAAGGUACGUCGUCCCAUAAGCCAAAAUCACAGAGCAAGGCUAGCUACCUACCUACCUACUGCAGAUGCAAUAAUGUGAAACGUGAUUAGUAAAACUGUGUUAAAGUUAGAAUAAAAUGUAAUGAAGGGUCACGUUAAUUGUUAUAGUGGGCUAUUUGGUGACCCUUUCGAGCACUCAUUGAGUUCAGUUUAUAUGUGUGUGUGCUAAUUAAGUUUUUAAUAACAUUACGUGCUUAGUUUAAGGUCAAGCAAAAGAAAUACUUCUUACACUUGUCAAUAAAACUUCAUCAAUCUUUAUACACAUGC